UGCUUACUGCCAAACUUUGUCCUGUUUCGGCACAACACUCUCCUCUCCUUCAUUUAACCCUCGGUUCUUCACCACUCUCCCACCCCACCCUUUCUCUCAGUUCCGGUACGACAUUACAUAACUCUCAGUUUCUCGCGCUUUUCUGGAAACAAAUACCUGAUGUCCCUGAUCCCAUCCUUUACCCUUUACCCUUUACCCAGGAAUCAUUCCAUUUCCCACCAAUUACCACUCUCACACUCCGAGCCAACAUUAACCAAACCUUAUUCCCUUCCUUUCCUCUCUCUCUCUCUCUCUCUCUUGAAAAAUAAUGGAAACCACUCACCGUUCUAGCUUUCAUCUGUCACUGCCCAGGUUGCUGCUGUCUUCUCGGUCUUCCCUUUCCAGCCACACCCUAGUCAUCAUCUCAGGCAAUCUUUCUUUCUCUGCAUGAUAUUAAUAUUAUAUUCUUUUUUCUAAUAAAUAUCACUACCACACAUCAAUAUCAAUAUUCAUCAAUAUUAUUAUGAAAAGAAAACCCUAGUCCUUGGAAGAACGAGAAGAAGUUUUCGUUAGCAAAGCUAUCCAAGUAGCAUCAUAUUAGUCUCAGGCUCUGCAAGAUCUAAAGCAGAUCCAAGGGUUUAAAGAAAAGCAUAUCAGAUCCAUGGAUUUAGUUUCUGAAUCAAAAAACGUCGUUUCAAACGUUACAAACCCCAGCAGCAGGUACAAGAUGGAGACAGUACCCACCCCGACCACCACGAAUCAUCCAACGACGGCGGCGGCAGUGUCGUCGCCGUCUUCGGGAAGCAACAACAGCGGGAGCACUACUACUCCGAGCCGCUACGAGAACCAAAAGCGAAGGGACUGGAACACGUUCUGCCAGUACCUGAGGAACCACCGUCCGCCACUCUCCUUGGCCUUGUGCAGCGGUGCGCACGUGCUGGAAUUCCUCCACUACCUCGACCAGUUCGGGAAGACUAAGGUUCAUAACCACCCUUGCCCGUUCUUCGGUCUCCCCAACCCACCUGCCCCAUGUCCCUGCCCGCUCCGCCAAGCCUGGGGCAGCCUCGACGCCCUCAUCGGCCGCCUCCGCGCCGCCUACGAGGAGAACGGCGGCCGCCCGGAGACCAACCCCUUCGGCGCACGCGCCGUCAGGAUUUACCUUCGCGAUGUUCGCGAUUUUCAGGCAAAGGCGAGAGGUGUUAGCUACGAGAAGAAGAGGAAGAGGCCAAAGCCUAAGGUCACUCCCACUCCUACUUAAUUGAGAAGCUUGUUGCUACCAAUGUUUCACCACAGGUGCUUUUGUUGUCUCUACGAAGACGUGUUGAGAUGAUGAUGCCCUUUAAAUUGUUCUCGCUUCUGGAGUCCGGGGAAGUAGAUAGUGGUAAUUAAGUGCCACCACCCUGCCGCCAACUACUACUCUAGAAGAUAUCUUAUCAUAUUUGUACUCAAAUUAAUAUAUAAUAUAUCAUGUUCAUCAUCUAGUGUAUUUAUGAAGCAUGCACUUGAAUCUCUACCCUCUCUCCUGUACGUGAGAGCUUUUUUUCAAAAUGUUGAUUGAACUUUACAGGGGAUUAAUUAAUUGGGUGUGGAUAUUGAAUAA